AAUUUAGAGAGAUGAAGAAGAGUAAAGAAGAAGUAGAAUAAAAAAAUCAGAGUAGCCAAAUGUAAGGUCCACAGUGUUAAACUCUAAAAAGUACCAAAAAUCGAAACCCAUCUCUCUCGGAGAAACCCAAAUUUGGGGCUGUGAUUGAGGCUCAUCAUAAACAUGGCCCCGCCCCCAAUUCAAUUCCUGAAUUCACACACACUAUGAAGAAGAAACCAGAGCUUCAAGACGACGACGAUCAUCGCCAUCUCGAAAUCCUCAAGGCCGUCGCUCAGGCAUGGCACAGCCACACCGGCAGUUCAAAGCCUGCUAGUGAAUUCGACGCCCAUCGCCGGAAUUCCAGACCUACUCCUUCUCGGUUCAAGCUUGAGGCGAUUCGAACCCGCUCUUCCGUCAGCGAUCGGAGAUGGGACUUCGGUCAGUCGCUGUGGGAUUCGUAUGAGAUCGUGACGGUUUCGAAGAAGUUGGAGGCGGGGCUGGUGCUCGACAGAGAUGGGUUCCGGGAGGUUGACGGCGGCGGUGGGCGGAGUCAGAGGAAAAAGCGAGAGAGUUGUAACAGUUUGAGGAAUUUGUUCAGUAGGGCUUCUUCGAGGAGAUUCAAUUAUUAGGCAUUUCAAGUUCGAAUUCAAACCGAUGAAUGAAAUCUGAACCUCCUUGAUAAUCAAUUUUUGAGUGAUUGGGAAAUUCGAAUUCAGAGGUCUUGAUUUUCGUCUUC